UAUAUACAUGAAGGAAUGUCAAGUUACAAAAAUAAAACUCAUGCAAGACUUCAUCGUACUUGUUCAAACAUUUGCAUCAUAGAAACCCGACUUAAAGUUUCACUACAAGGCGUGACAAAAGCAAAAUGGCUGACAUAAUAUCAAGAAUGUGCACCACCAAGUGAUAAAACGUCAUACGACUUAAAUAUUGUUAAAUAAACACAUUCAUAAUUCGUUUUACAUAUAUUAUAUACAUAUUAAUUGUCCCGAUUUGCAAUCGUAAAGGAACAAAGCCAUGUUGAACGAUGUGCCAAGGAGAUUAUCACGAAGUUCUGAAACAACUGAGGCUGAUGUUCGGGAAGAUGAAGAACAAACAAAGAAAUUUCAAGAUAUUAUCGAUUUACUUCUGGCAGCAGGCUAUUUUCGAGCCAGGAUAAAAGGAUUAUCAAAUUUUGAUAAAGUAAUCGGUGGAAUGACCUGGUGUAUAGAAUCGUGUAACUUCGAUGUAGAUAUCGAUUUAUUAUUUCGAGAAAAUCUUACUAUAGGCCAAAAAAUUUCAUUGACUGAAAAAAUCGUCGCUAUGCUACCCAAAAUGAAUUGUCCAUAUCGUAUAGAACCACAUCAAAUCCAAGGUCUAGAUUGUAUUCACAUCUUUCCUGUUAUUCAAUGGUUGGUAAAACGUUCAAUAGAAACCCGAGAAGAAACGGCAGAUUUCGUACGAUCGUUUGCCUUGAGUCAAUUUCACAAGAAGCACUCCUUUUCGGAAGACGCAUGUACAGUACAAACAGUUACAGAAAACCUUAUAAAAAAUAUUCAAUUAGUUCAAAAAUCAUAUGAACCCCGGAGGCUUUUUAAACACAAAGAUGGUGUAAAGAGAGACGAAUCCACUAGAUAUUUCGGUACAGUUUUGGAAUAUGAAGCUCCUUUAUAUUCUAUAAAAAUUGCUUCGCCAGCUAAAACUCCUUCGAGCGAUGUUAAAGAAAACGAGAAUAAAGAAGAACUAAAGGAAAAGGAAAAUACGGAACAAAUAACUGGAAAUCUCGCUGCUAUUGAAGAAAAUUCGGCUCGUUUAAGCGUAGUGGCAAUGGGCAAUAUGGUUGGUAUUCAAGCUCAAGAGAUUGCCAAAGUGGCUGAAAAAUAUGCAACAAUGUCAAUUUCCGAAACUGAGGAAUCUGAUGCCACUAGUUCUUCAGCAGCUUUAACUGCAUUAGAGAAUCAAAGAACCGCACUUCAAAGUCGUAUUCGCAAAUUAACAAAAGAAAAAGAUGCUUUAGCUGCUAAGCAUCUAGAUUUAACUGAAAAAUUAAAUGAAUCUCGUGCAAAACGACAAGCCAUUGAACGUUCAUUAAAAAAAGCACAAGAAAUGGAUAUCAAUGAAAAUGAUAGUAUCUAUAAACGCUUGGAAGAACUUCUUUUAGUACACGAUGGUCUAAAGGAACAAGAGCACAAUUUCCGAGAACAAUGCAAAUCCGAUUUAAAUCUCCUGAAAGGUAAGUUGCAAGAAAUAAAAAAUGGCACAUCAGAAGAGGAAGAAGAUCGCGUGAAAGAGUACGAGGCACAAAAAGAAGCAGUCACGAAGGUCAGAUUGCAAUUAGCCAAAAAAAAUAGAGCUAUUGCCUCCUUAACGAGGCAAUUGGACGAUGUUCCUGGUCGUUCAGAACUUACGCAAUAUCAAAGACGAUUUAUGGAACUUUAUAAUCAAGUUUCGGCAAAGCACAAAGAAACAAAACAAUAUUAUACAUUGUAUAAUACUCUCGACGACACGAAACUUUAUUUAAGUAAGGAAUUAUCCCUACUAAAUUCAAUUCAAGAUAAUUAUAAUGAAGCAAUGGCAUCUAUAAGCGGCAAGGAGCAAUUUCUUGAACAAUUCGAGGCAAUCGUUGAAGGUGUUAAACGUAAUAAAGCAAAGAUGGAGAAACGAUGUGCCGACGAAAAAAAUAGGAGGGAUGCACUCAGCCGGCAACUAGUCACUCUCAUAGAACAACAACGCAAAUACGUCGCUGCGGUCAGGCAACUCACUAUUGAAUGUCGUAAAAAUGAGGCCUUGCUCGCGCAACUACGUGGAAUGGAUGCAUCAUCUGAACAAUACAAUAACGCUCAACGUUGAGAGCAAGACUGCGAGGAACAGGCGAGAUACAUAUUCGAGAGGUUAACACGGUACCCUACUAAUGUAGAAUUAAAGAAUUUAAAAUGGAACCAUUCCUUUGCUCCUUACAAUGUUACUUUUAUAUCAG